UCUUAAACCCAUCUUACAUCCUCUUCUUUUUAUUCUCUCUCUAAUACAUCAUUCCAUUCUUCAAAAGCCCAGUUCUGUUGCUUUUCAAAAUAUAUAUCUCUCUCUAAAAAAAACUCUGUUCUAAAAAGCUCUGUUCAUCUGUGGUAUGGCUGUUGACUUCCAAGAUAGAGAAACUUUUUUUCCUUCUUCAAGGUUGUUCACCCAGGACGAGUCAAGCUCUACUGAGUCUGAAUCCAUGUUAAACGGGUUUGGUUCAUGUGGGUCUUCUUCUUCGGGUUUGAGCACGGUCGGUUCCGAGAUGAGCUCAACGAAAACAGAGAACGAUGAGGACGAUUUCAUUGCUGAUCUGACUCGUCAAAUGGCUGAAUACAUGCUUCACGAAGACGAUGAAAACGCAGCUCCAGAUGCUCUAUCUGUCAAACCUAAGUGUUCUGAUUGCAACUUGGCCUCUAAAGACCUCCACAUGUUCACUCCUCAUAAAGCUAAACCAUACUCUGCUCAUUUCAAAAACUCUACUUUUAAUCAGUUUGAUGAGUUGAAAGAUCAACGGCCUAUGGAACAACAAGGCUCUGUUUGUUGGGGAGGACGAGGAAACGUGUAUGAGUUAACUCAGCGAGUGAAGCCCAAGCAACAACUUCACAACCGUAUAGAAAACCAAGUCAGGGCAUGCGGGUUUGGUAAUGGUGGAAGGGUUCGUCCACAACAACAAGCCGGGUCGGGCAUGAGAGCUGUUUUCCUUGGAAAGUCCGGUUCCAAAAGUGGAUCCUGUGGGACCGGAGUUUUCUUGCCACGUGGAACCAGUAGUACAUCAGAAACCCAAAAGAAAUCAGCAUGUUCGACGGUUCUUAUACCAGCAAGAGUAUUGCAGACCCUAAAACUCCACUUUGACGAUGUGUCACGAUCAAGUGGUUUUGGUGCCUCAAGUGCUCACCACCUGCGACAUGACGUUGUAAUGGGCGGUGGAAGCAAUGACAUGUAUUCUUCUUCACAGCAAAAGCAGAAGCGACAACCACAAUCACACCACUACUCUCAAAUACAGCAGCAGCCAGAAAUAGUGAAUGAUCAUCAGGAGAUGGGACUCCCUCGGGAAUGGACUUAUUGACUUCUCAAACCCCCACUCUUAUGCUGUUCUUCCUUCACUAUCAUCAUAUAUAUAUAUAUAUGUAUGUGUGUGUGUGUGUGUGUGUGUGUGUAUGUAUGUAUGUAUCUCUCCAUCGUUGAUAGUGGUGUUUGAUCAAACUGUCAAAUAUGGGGUACAUAUAAAAAAGAAAAAGAAUAAAGACAAUUCAACUACUCAAGGAAUCUAGAAGAAGAGAAUUUUCUUCGUAAUAGAAAGAGAUUCUUUUAAUAAUUGUGUUUGCUCUGAAGAGGGCUGACCAUUUUUAGGUUUUAAUCCUUUUGUAAUAAUUCAGCUAUCAAGAAUGUGUUCUAGCUA